GUUUUUAUGUCUGCAGAUGUGGCAGCUGACUGCAGAAGUACAUCUCUGCUGAAGUCACAAGUUUGUAGACCAGCACGCAAGACUAAACUGAAAUUGGCAGUUUAUAUACACCUGUCAUGUAAGUUUAGACUCAGGUGGUGGAUAUAACCUCUGAGUGCUUUUGAUGAUAUAUUUUUUCCUUAAUUUCCUUGCAAGAUUCACUGCCCCGAACAUCUCCUUUGUAUGUCAUCAAGCCUUGCUAAGGACUUGAACGAUUGUCAUUUCAUUUGGACUUUUUUUUCUUUCCUCUUUAUUUUUUUUUCUUACUUUGCUGAACCUGUCUCAUCUUUCCCUUCAUAGUCCUUGCACUGGUACUUUGGCACGUGUUAUCCUUCUCCCACUUAGCAGUGCUCUCUUUAAAGCUGUACUCUUUUCCAACUGCCAAGUUCUCCUGGUCAGGUCCAUCUCAGUCUCAUCUUGGCAAUUCCAAACAGCAGUUCCCAACUGGCAAGGCUCUCAGUGAUUUCCAGUUGCGCCAUUUUAAUAGCUAUUUGAUGCCUUAUAUGUUCCAUAUCCAGCAGCAGGAUAGCAAUGUGGUUGCAGACUGGCCAAGCAGCCCAGUUUGAGAACUGUGACUGGCAUGAUUAACAGUGUCAGUCUUUACAUAUCUAGGCAUCAAAGACUGAGAAACAUAAGCAUAUGUUAUGAUUUGAUGUUAUGGGUUGUUAUGAUUAUUACUUGUCUCACCAGGCCCAAUCAUGCCACAGGUAAUUUUAAGGUAUUCCUCUGGGUUGUGAGUUGGGUUUUGGUCUUGCAUUUCACCCCCUGCUCAAAGCUUGCGGUUAAUGAUAGAAAAAUAUACACAUACCUGCUUGGGUGCUAAUCCUCCUUACAUGACACUUUUACUGCUGAGAAAAAAACUCAUUCUGUUUGCCAUUUUCUUUUAAUCCUGUAAUUCCUAUGAUUAUUCAUGGUGUUGACAGAAAUUCAAUUGAAUUUUACUUGUGUGUGGACUUUCUGAUCUUGGGCCUUUCCCACACCCUAUGUCUGUCUUGUCUAAAUUGAUUGUAAGCAUCUCAGACUGCCUGCUAUACACAAAAUACUUGCUAUAGGAAGCUUCUGUCUGAGUUAGUCUUUAUGCACAGUAUAAAUAAAUAAAUUUAAUAAUAACUCUGUGCAACCAAUCCCAUUGAUUUUAAUGUUAUGGUGGAAAGGAAGUACUCAAAAUAAGAACAGCAAAAAGGAUGCCUUAUGCUACAUGGACUUAAGAUGAAGAGUAGAUGCAUUUAAGGAAGCAUUGACAAUAUAACUUUUAAAAAAGCCUUAUUUAACUGUUUGCCUCUUGUAAUUUGCCAAAUAAAAGAUCGGUAUUGGUUUAUUCAUACAUUUAUUUAUUUGUUUUAUUUCUUUAUUUAGUUAUUUAUUUUCAUUAUUUAUUUAUCCCCACUCAAUACUUAUCUUUGAGUUUAGUGGCCUCAGGGAUAAUCCAAGCCAGUAUUAUGUUAAACAUUAUGUAGAAUGAUGAAAGAGCGAACGCAGGCAAUUGUUUCUGCUCCAAAACGUUCGGUAAAAGCCUAAUACCUAUACGCAGUAUCUAUAUACAAUGUCUAUAUACAGUUGAGUAGGAGCUUUAUAGAAAAUAAGUUGUCGAUGCCAACCUCUACAAGUGUUCAAGAGGAGCUCAUCAUGGGAUAAGGAAGAAAGGUCUUUAUUUGAAACUGCCUAGUGGAAUUCAGUUGUACAGGCUGGGAGGAAACAGGAGAUAUCCUUAGAGUGUCAAGCAGAAGGUACGUAGGGCCAGAUCAGUGUGUGGAUGGGUUUGCAAUUGAAGACUAAGAGUUUUGUGUGGGAUAGGGAGGAGUCUGUUUGGAAAGAUGUGGAGAACUAACGUAGUUAACUGGAGAACUAAGAAAAUGGUGUUGCAGAGCUUUCUGAAUGGAAGUGAAUCUUUAUUGAGGCCAGAGAAAAGGAAGUCAACAAUAACUGAGAUGAGGAGAGCUUGUGCAAGAUUACCAGCCAUGUCAAUAAAUAACAAAGAUCAUGUCUUGGUUGACAUCUCCACAGCAGUUUAGACCAAUCUGAGCCCAAACCGCACGUUCCUGGCCAUAAGGUUCCACCUGCACCUUUGCACAGCUGGCUGUAAAAUAACUCAGUAGAAAAGUGGUUGGUUUGCAGGCUGAUGGUUUGUCUAACCCACGCUCAUUAACAAAACUUUAAAUUGCAAGAGAGACACCUGAAGUUUGAAAGGAGACAGUAAUGACACAUCUAUAUCUACCUGUUAGGAUGUUGAGCUAUGAGCUAGAAGGGAAGGGAGGAGAGUCAAGAAGAGCACUCACCACUGCUCUUGCAGAAAAGGGAAGGAAAUGCAAGGGAAGGUACUGACAAGCCAAGCUGAAACAGUGAUUGGAGAGGCAGUAGGUGAGAAUAAUUGUGAAAGUUAAGAUAGGACACUAGCUAGCUGUGCUAAACAUGACUGAAGGCAAAAGAGGAGAUUGGUUUAAGAUGGAUUCAGAAGCUUUUGGAUGGCGAAAGGAAGCAACACCAAGUCUGAAGGGGAUUUAGGGUAGAACCGGAUAAGAGAUGCAACUGGAAGACUUGUAAAAGUGAGAUGACAACAAGCACUUCUACCAAAGGCUUUUUUUUUUUUUUUUUUUUUAAUGUAAAAGAGACAAGCAUAUCUGUGUGGGUGCUGGGGAGUCAGAGCAGGCUGAAUGACUAAAGCUGUGAGCAAAUGAAGGAGUGCGUGUGGGGAAGAUCAGGAAAUGAAAUAGGGUGAGGUUAAUAGGGCAAGUGAUGGAGUUGCAGAUGUGUAGAUAAGGUUUUUGUUAUUGCCACUUGCAGCCUUGUAGAAAGGGGAAGCAUCAAGAGAAUACCUUGUUAAUUUUAUCUUUAAAGAGUAUGGUAGGAAUAGAGGAGAGCAGCAAGGAAUGCUUGACAAGGGUUAGCCAGCAGCAAUGAAAAGCUAGCUGGGAUUACAGGCGUGCAGAUAAGCUGCAGAGGUAGAAUUGUUUAGCUGUAAGAGGCAGAAAUGGGGGAGAGAGCAGGCUUGUGGGAGAGGAAGUUAGCUUGAUCGCAGGAUUUCCGUCAUAGACACUUUGCACUGCAAAAGCAAGCAUGGAUGAAGCAAGUGCUGAAGUACGAAAGGAGCACAUGAAUUCCAGUUUAGAAGCCAAGAUGCAGAUGUUAAUGCCGGAACCUCAGAUUUUUGUGGAAAGAACUCUGGCCCUCAUCAAACCAGAUGUUGUUGAUAAAGAAGAAGAAAUAGAGGAUCUCAUUCUCAAAUCAGGAUUCCUGAUCAUUCAGAAACGGAAGCUCCAGUUAAGCCCAGAGCAAUGUAGCAACUUUUAUGCAGACCAAUAUGGAAAAGUGUUUUUUCCUAAUUUAACAGCCUAUAUGAGUUCUGGACCUUUAGUUGCUAUGGUGCUUGCCAGACAUUGCGCAGUCUCAUACUGGAAGGAAUUGCUUGGACCAUCAAACAGCAUAAGAGCUAGGAGAACUCACCCUCACAGUUUAAGAGCAAUCUAUGGGACUGAUGAUCUGAGGAAUGCGCUUCACGGCAGUCUCAGCAUUUCCUCAGCGGAAAGAGAAAUUCGAUUCAUGUUUCCAGAAGCGAUUCUGGAGCCAAUUCCGACUGGACAAAGAGCUAGGGAUUACCUGAACCUUUAUGUAAAGCCUACGUUACUCGCUGGGCUCACUGCACUGUGUAAAGAGAAGCCAGCAGAUCCAAUGACUUGGCUUGCUGACUGGUUGAUUGAACACAAUCCUAAUAAACCUAGGCUACAACAUCAGAUCACUGAGGAAGAGCAUCAGGGGUGAGAGCUCAGUGGAAACCAUCUCAAGCAUUCCAAGCUACAGAUCUACAAUUUUCAGUGUGUGCCUUGGCUAUGUAAUCACUAUUAUCUGAAGUAAAUGUUAUUGUCAUAACUACCUGUGUCUUCAUGGGAUAAAUAACCCUACACUUAACCAGGAUGUAACAGUUCUAGUAACUUUUCUACUGACAAAGUGAAUGUAGAAUCACAUGAUGAAUUUAUGGUGUCAGUUGAUCAGGAAAAGACAAAAUUCUCAACAGGUGUGAUUUAACUGCUAUUUUCCCCAUUUAUCUUGGCUUGGCUGUCUGGGGAGAGCAAAAUUACUUAUGCCAAUGCAGAUUCCGAAAUGAAGUAUAGCUGGGCUCUGCUUUGUGAAACUGAGAGUGGUGUUUCAGCAUUUUUUUAGCAGACACAGAUUCCAUUAUGAAGGGAGGUACUUGGAUGUAACUUAGAAAACGAUUACUGGAGGCCUAUUAGCAUCUGUAGAAUUUUAAUUGCUGAUUACGUCAUCCAGCUGAGGUCACUUUUGAAGAGGAUUCACCUGAGCCUAAUGUAUUUUUUCAGAAUGUAAUCUGAAGGAUUUAUUUGAAGGUACAUUGAAUGUACCUUUCCCAUCUCAGGGGCAAAAGGCACACUGAUUAUAAAUCAGUCUUUGAUUUCCAUUAGAAGACACAAGAAGGUGUAUUUUAGUCAAGGACUAAUGCUGUCUUCCAACAUUUGUUUGAAAGAAAGGUGCCUUAGGGGUGUUUUCUGUAUUCUCCUGCUCUUAAAAGUAUGCUGGUUUCUGUUGUUUUCCCUGUAUUGUUGUUUACCCUUGAACUUCAAUGUGUUCUGUUUGAGAAUUUCAAGAGAAUGGGUUAGGGUCCAUGCUAUUCAACAGGCAAUGAGUUAAUCCCACACUAUUACCUUUCCUAAAGUUACUGGGACUGGUUUUUUAUGGGGGGUGCAGCUUUUUAAUUUUCUUAAGAGCUGUAUUUGCACUGUUAACUUCAAGCUUUGUAUCUUAUGGUUUGACUGGCUAGGAUGGAGAAAACAAUGUCAUUCUCACAACUCUGAAAUAUUAAUAUGCUUGACUAAUACUAAACAAACAAUUUCAUAAUUUUUCAUCAAAAAACUUGCUCCCCCAACUUCAGUAAUUACCAGAAACCUAAGUCAUUUGUCUGUAACAUUAAACUUUAAACUAAUUGUUUAUCUUCUCAGUGGAAUAAACCACUAUUGCCAGCCCAGAGAAUAAGCAUUUAGAAAACUGAUCUUUAUAGUACUGAGUCCUAAAAAUCUUGGGACUUUUAGCAGAAGAAAAAAACCCACAAGCUUAUACCCUCAAAUAUUCAGAAAAAUAUGUGAGGUGGUUAGAAACACAGUAAACAGAUCUGUUUACAACAGAUUUACUUUGCCUAUAAUUGUUGUUUCUGUACGUGUCUGAUUGCUCCAAUUACAGGACAGUUGUGCUUUGUGGUUUCCUGUCAGCCAAACCCCAAAAAUUUCUUCUUUGAAGAUGGCAGAAACUAAAAUCCAGUGAAUUCACAAGACAUUCUCCUGUGUUUUGUUAGUUACUAUGGCAUUUGCUUACUUAUUUUGAUGUGAUAGUGCCUGACAAUAAAUAUCUCCUAUAUGUUA